UAUUCAUUAACUGCCAUAUAUCUUUCGUACGCUAACGUUGCUAACAACCGUAUGCACAGAUUAGAGACCACUGUACUCGCAACUUACACUCAAUACAGACUGCGAUAAACACGUCGACGUUAAUCGCUUGGUCUCCUAACUCGCUGUUGCAAACUGUGUAUCGUUGUACGGAUUCGGCCACCUGGAUUGUUUAGUUAGAAAAUUUUGCACGCAGGAAUGGCCGGAGUUAAAUCGUUUGGCCGUGGCCGUGGAUGGGCCAAGCCUCAUGGUGACGAUGUCCCGUUACCUAAACCGGGAAGAUUGUUGAAUUCAAAAUCAGAAGAAUCUAUCGACCAUGACGAUUUUGAUACAGCUAUCGAUCUAGUUAACGUAGAGAACGUAGAGGAGAUAGCAAACUCAGUGUCUCGACUGAUAGAUGAUAAAAUGAGAACGCAAGGUUUUAAGGAUAUAUUCGGAAAGCUUUACAAACGUGCUGUAAAGGACAGAGAAUUUGGGGACAAGUUAGUAAGAUUCUGUUACUCUACGACGAUAAAGAAUAUAUAUGAUAACAAUGGAAGCAGUUUCUUUAAGUUGUUAAUAAACAAUUUCCAGAUCGAUUAUGAGAGGAGAGAGGAACUCAGGCGAAAAGAUCCGACCGAAUUUUAUAGUGUAGUUUUCUUACUCACUAGAUAUACAUUACAUAGCAAAAUUCAGACAAGAGUGAUCUAUCAUGCACUGGUGAGUUAUAUGGAAAUGUUGCUAGAAAUGCAUUCCGUCGAGGAUAUCAAACUGUUCAAGGAAAUGAUCGUUAAACUUGGCAAUCGUUUGCAAACUGGUUACAAAGAGCCUGUUAAGGAGUUAAUAUUGACGUGUAGGACAAUAUUGAUCAAGGAAGACGUCCCGGAGGCCUCUCGUUUAAUGUUAUUGUACGUGAUAGACUUGGAGCGUAGAGGUUUCUCUCACCUGCCCAAUUAUUUGAAAGCAUUUUACAAGUCGCAGCUGGGAGAAGAAUAUGAAGAACCAUUACUAAAUUGAUCUUCGGUCUUUCUAAAAAUUUAAGUACUGUUUAAAACGUGCGUGUCUGUACAUUUUGGUACACCAUAUGUAUAUAUUAUAUGCGAUAUUUAGUGUUUAAAGUAAUAUAAAUAAUAGGUAAUAAAUGUGACAUGAACGUUGAUGCAUCGUUAAGACUCAAACAGAAUUUUGGUAAUUCAUUUUUGUAAUUUGGCUAAUAAGAUUCUACAACCAAAUAGUGCACAAUUUUUAAUAAUAUGACCCAUCAUUCCCGUACAUUUUCUCAUUAGUUAAUAUCAAGCCUAAGAACUUUAAAACAUCUCGUAGUCUGAGUGCAUAAUAUCUAUAUUUCUCAGAUCUUCGUAUACUGAGUGCGUAAUGUCCAGAUCUCCCAGAUACAGUGUUGUAAGAUUUGAGGAAUUUCGACCAUGUGGCAUGCAUUGAGGAAUGGUGAAACCCAGGUCUCAGUUACUAAUAAUGACUCUGUAUCUUAAUACAAAUUUAAAUACAGUUUUGAUACCA